UUUUUCCUAAGCAUCGGGGUCUAAGUAUUAUCUUGAUUCCUAAGUUAACACAAAAAAGGCCAGAAAACAGUAGAGUAAUUUGUGUAAGGUAAAGGGGCGUAUCUCAGGCUGAGCAGAAUAUGACAAACUUACUGGGAACUAGGCAGGGUGUUUCAUUGUGUUCAUUUUGGCUUCACUGCUUUGUAGUUUAGUCACAGACUAAAUACAGAUUUCUGAGUGAAUUUUGACUUUUUAGUACUCAAAAUUUUGCUUAUAUUCACAUAGAUUUUACUUAUGCACAAUAAUACAACUAGUUGACUUCUAUUAGGCAGUCAGCACUCUUUAUGUAUGAUCUCAAUGUUUACUUUAUAUUUUAUAAGUGAUAAAUGAAAUUUAGAGACAUUAAGGAAGGUACCUGAAGUCUAAGUUAGGGAACCAAUUUCAAAACCAGCAGAUCCCUGAUUAUACCUUGUCUGUAAACAUUUUUUUGCUGAGUCACUUUCUUACAGUCUAUUUUUGUUUAGCAACAUCAUGACAAAAAUAUUUUCAGAAGUAAUAUUUUUUUCUAUUUGCUUUUAAUGUUGCACUUAAAGAAUGAUAAAAGUAUGGUGCUUAAAACGUUAGCUAAAUUGAGGAGAAAGUGAUUUAAGGUCUUAUAAUUUAUUUUAGGAUACAUUAUAUUGAUUUCCAAAACAAAAUUCUUUGUUUUCAUUUUAUGAUUUUUAUAGUUUAUAUGAAACAGUUUCACACACUUCCUUCACCUAGACAUUUUCCACACUGAGAAUUUAUUUUUAUAUGGUAUAUCAUUUAGCUAUUGCAGAAGUGUAGAAUACUUUCAGUAGUCUUUCAGUAAGGUAAAGAAAUCUGUGAAGCUUCUGUUUUUACUAGUAAAUGUCCUACUUAGACUAAAUCAGUAAAUUUUGUUGGAAAAAAAAGGCAUAGUCUUCAAACUCGUAGGCUUUUACAGGUAGAAUGAAGCAUUUGGAGUGCUUAAGGGAAACACAGUGAGACCCUAAGAUAAAGCUUAAAGUGAAAGAAUAUCGAGUAUGUAAUCGCUUCUCAGACUGGGCGGGGUGUUAGUGGUGGACAGAGGACCUGGUAAAUAGAAGCUCUGUCUGGAUUUUUGUGCACUUAAUACUCUAUGUGUGUGAGUGAUUUGCAUGCAUGUAUGUGCAUCAUGUGUCUUUGGACCUAAGUCAAGCUCAUCAGAUUCCCCGAAACUGGAACUACAGGCAGUUGUGAGCCACCUUGGGGAAGCUGGGAAGUGAACCCCUCCCUGCAAUAGCAGUUUGUGCUCCCCAACUGCUGAACCAUCUCUCCAGUCCCGUGCCUUGAUUUGAAAUAAGUACUGUGUCUGUUCUGUUUUCUCAGUUAUCAGGCUUACUGUACAUGUAUUGGUGUGGUUAUACAGAGGCUAGAACUUGAAGGUGGUGUCUUGCUCAAAUACUUUUCACUUUUUUGAGGCAAGGUCUCUCACUGAAAAUGGAGUUCAAUCAUUUUUAAACAACCCUGAGUAAUCAGUGUAAUUAUGUUCAUGUAACAGGCUUAGAGACAUGUUCAAUGCUACCCACUUAAGAUAUAGGAGUUAUUAAUUAAAGUGGCAGAAACUAAGAGAGUAUUCCUUAAGUACAGCUGAAAAGAAAUAUACCAGUGAAGGAAGGAGUUCACAGACAAAAGCACAUGAGAGUACUGCUACAAGGUAGCCACCAAACUAUGCCCUCUUUACAGUAUUGAUAUUAAUCUGGUAUCUUUCUGGAAAUUGUCAUUGCUCUAUUAACUGGAGGGAAGAACUGAGAUUUAAUACUUAAAUUCUCUCAAUUUGCAGAAACAAAUUUCGAAUUAUGUCAGUUAAGUUGUAGAAGUUGUUUUAACCAAAAUGUUUUGUCCCCUAACAAUAUAAAUCCUGCAUAGGUGGUUAUAAUAGAUAAAUAGUUUUUGGUACUAGCAUUUGAAUGAUCGUGUUUUACAUCUAGGGGUAUGAGUUUAUUACAGUGUUUGGAAUGCAGUAUCAAUAAGACAAGAAGUAGAUUAAAAUUAGUUUGAUAGUUAAUGAGGCAUAAGAGUGAAUAGACAAAAAUAUGGAGGAAUUUUGCAAAAGAAAUGAUAGAACAGAAGAUUUAAAAAAUAUAAAGGAAAUGUAUCUGAAAAAGGAAAGGAAGUGCUCAACAGAGGAGAUUUAAAAUGCUGAAUUUUCUCUUGUUCAGGAAGAUUGAAGGACUGAGGUAGAAGGCUGGAAGAACUUCACAGAUUUCUCUAAAUUCACAGAACUUAUGGACUGUCUCUAUAUAUUAAGGGAAUUUGUUGCGAUGACAGACAGUCUCUAUUCCAACAGUGGUCAGCUGUGAAUUGGAAGUGUAAGGAUCUAGCAGUUGCUCAGUCCCAUGAGGCUGUUUCAGCUGGUCUUCUGCAGAAGUAAAUUCCAACAGAAGUGCUGGCAAGUAAAUGCAAGCUUCAAAGGAGAGCGAAUCCUCCUCCUUUCAAUGUCCUUAUGUAGUCUCCAGCGGAAGAUGUGGUCCAUUUUAAAGGUAUGCAUCACUGUGCCUGGAUCUGGGACUUGUUUUGUCCCAGGCUGACAUUGAACUGGGAGAUCUCCUUGCUUUAGUCUCCUGGGAAUAAAGGUAUGUACAACCUUGCCUGGACCUAAGCUUUUCAUGGCCACUAUGCCUCUCGAUCUCCAUGCCAAGCUCCAGGUCAGAAAGCCAUUCCUUCCAUCCUCAAGAUCAGGAUCAAAGGUGUGCCCUCCAGUUCUGGAUUGUAGUUCAUUCCAGACAUAGUCAAGUUGACAGCCAGGAAUAGCCAUUACAACAGGGGACAUUCUUUCCUUCCCAGAGCCAGCAAAGAAAGGAGGAGAGACGAAACAAGCCAUGCAUGUUUGGGGGGCGGGGGGGGAUCCAGCAUGACUGGCUUUCUAAGACAACGACAUGAAAACAAGUGAGAAAUGUUUUCAAAUGCCAUGCUGAGUAAGUGGAAGGGAAAAACUUUCAGAUUUAAAAAAUCUGUAUAUUAUAAUGCAGAAGUAAAUCAUGUGAGCGCGAGAGUUAUAGUAAAAGUCAACAGUGUGGAAAACAGGUGCUUUAGCUGCUAAGGUGGGGAGGAAUAGCAGAAAUGGGUUUGGACUAGGCCUUGUGCUUGGUGGAGAGGUUGAAAGCACAGGUUUUUUUGUUCACAAGGUUUAACUGAACCAAGAGAGACAUAAUCACCUUAAAACAGAGCCUACGUGACAACUCAGAAAGUCACUUACUCUUGCUUACCCUUGGCUGGGCAUCCAAUAAUUUUUAAGACAUUCCUUCAGCCUGUUUGCAAAAUAUAUAUGGUUCUAAAUGCCUGGAAAGGAUCAGAGUCUCCCUAGUUAAGUGUGGUUACUUAAUUUUAUGUUUUGUCCUGAAAACUUUUUAUCAGUGUAUAAAAAUGUUUAGCCUCAAUAAUGAGAACAACUUUGACAAGAACUUUCCUUUUUUAUAUUACAAUGACAGAAAUGGCAGGCAUUUACUCUGAUAUGCUAUUUGGGAAGAAUGUGUGUUAACUGAAGGGGAAUAUUCAGCCCAGAGCAACAAGAAAUGCAGUUGGAGGCUGCCGAUGCCUGUCGAGUGUGUUGAGAGUCUAUGAGCGUUCUGGUCCAGGUGAAUUAAGUUCUCAUUAAGUCUUGACUGAAAUUUGUGUAAAUGUGGGUGAGAAUCACUACAGGUAGCCUUAACUCAGAACCACGUAUUCCUCAUCUAUUCUAAUCUCUCUUUCCCUUUUCCCCUCCUAUAGUUUCCUUUCUUUUCACUACCUACUUACAUGGUUUUCUAGCCAAACAGAUUCAUAUUUUCAACUUGUGUAUGUGUGUGUGUCACUCUUGUGUCUGUACCUUUGGGAGUACGCCAUGACUGCUGUUGAAUGUUGUUCGUGCAUGGGACACGGGCCUAAUUAAAAAACAUUCUCCUCUUCUCCCGUCUUUUUUCUUCUCCUUUCCCCAGAAGAUACCUCUAUUUCCCCUCCCCCAAAACCUCCCACAUGAGAAAUGACAAGGUGUGAUUUGAUGGGACCAGUCACACAGAUCUAACAGCUCAGUCAAAAGCCAGAGGGGCUGCUUUCUGUAAUAGGGACUUCAGGCAAAGCGGCCAGCAGGCCUGUUCUAAAUACAGCAGCUUUUUAUCAGUCUGCAAUUGUCAUUUUUUCUGCAGGUCUAACAGAAACGGCAGCAGUGAAGGGUAAAUAAAUCUCCAGCUUUAAUCUUUCACAUCUUUUCCUGAUUCUGAAAAGAAACCUGUUUGUUUAUUAUACUUUUUCCUAUUGCCUUCCGCGGAUUGGAAAUUUUAAGGGGUGGGUCGGGGCUCACGGAUUGGCUGGGACACAGAUAGAGCAUGCACAAAAGCUCCACAUUACCCAGGAUACAGGAUUCCUCACUCAGCAAGAGGAGCCAAGCUUAUGCGCAUGCGCUUCCCGAGGGACUUGACUACGGGUUGGACCUGGACUGCGCAUGUGAGAAAAACGUUAAGUUGCUUUUACAGAGUAAGCAGGUCUCCAAGAAAUAAAAGGAAAAGGUAAGCCACCAGAGUGUAAGGCUUUGCACAGAAGUGUGACAAAAUCUGAUAGAUUAUUGGACUGUUGAACUCGUCGUUCUUUUGUUUGCACGGUGGCCAGCUGAAUAGCAGGAGCAGAAAUUCUGACCAUACUUGGCUUUUCUGACUAUGUAAACUCUACUGUGGUUAGUGAAAGACAGAUGAGUAGGAGGCAGUGAUCUAAAGAGUCUGAAAGUGGUUUGGCUUUGUUGUGCAGCAGCAUUUGGCAGACUUACAAAGGAAGAUUUGACAUUUUUGAUGUUCCUAAUGAAUAGGAUAGGCGGUGUGAAAUGUUUAAGGCAGUUGGUUUAUUUGUGUGUUUAUAUAGGAGAAGAUGCAUUUGUUUUAGCAAUUAGAGGAGAUGGCAGGUUUCUCUGUGGACUACUGUUUCCUUUUCCAUUUACUAAUGCUGAAGAAUCAGGUAAUUAUUAAGCUAGUUUGUGCUAAGGUGCUGCAAAAAUAAGCCUUGCUAUUAUGUGUACCUUUUUGUCUGCAGGUGAUUAUUGCUGUGGCUUGAGCUCAGCAUGGCUGUAGUCAUCCGUUUACAGGGGCUUCCUUUUAUUGCGGGUCCUGUGGACAUCCGUCACUUCUUCAAGGGAUUGACUAUUCCUGAUGGAGGAGUGCAUGUGAUUGGAGGGAAAGCUGGGGAGGCUUUUAUAAUUUUUGCCACGGAUGAAGACGCAAGACGUGCCAUAAGUCGCUCAGGAGGGUUUAUCAAGGAUUCGUCUGUAGAGCUUUUUCUGAGUAGCAAGGUAGAAAUGCAGAAGACCAUAGACAUGAAAAGAAGUGCUCGUGUAGGAAGAGGGCGACCAGGACCUGAGGCCUCAGGGGUUGGCAACAUGUAUCAUUUUAUCGAUGCUCUGAAGGAAGAGGAACGUUAUUCUGGAUAUGGCUCUGCAGUUAAUCCAGAUGCUGGGUUUCAUAUAAAUGGUACAGGACUUGACUUGAGGCCAAGAAAGACCAGGCCACUGAAGGCUGAGAAUCCUUACUUGUUCCUUCGAGGUUUGCCUUACUUAGUAAAUGAAGAUGAUGUCCGUGUCUUUUUCUCUGGUUUGUGUGUAGAUGGAGUAAUUCUCUUAAAACACCAUGAUGGGCGAAAUAAUGGCGAUGCUAUAGUAAAAUUUGCUUCAUGUGUUGAUGCUUCAGGAGGUCUUAAAUGCCAUAGAAGUUUCAUGGGUUCCAGAUUUAUAGAAGUCAUGCAGGGUUCAGAACAACAGUGGAUUGAAUUUGGUGGUACUGCAAGCAAGGGCGGUGACACCCUGCAUAAGAGAUCUGAAGAACAUUCUCCUUCAAGGAGGUUAAAUGACAGGUACUUUUGGAAACGGUCUCGUUCAAAGUCUCCCAGAACACGUUCUCGCUCUCCUCUUGGAUUUUAUGUUCACUUAAGAAAUCUGUCCUUACAUACUAACAAAAGAGAUCUAAGGUAUCUCUUUAGAGAUACUGACCUGAGUAACGACCAGAUUAAGUUUUUAUAUAAAGAUGAUCGAAGAACGCGGUAUGCCUUUGUGAUGUUCAAGAAUCAAAAAGACUAUAACACUGCCCUGGGUUUGCAUAAGACUGUUUUACAAUAUCGUCCAGUUCUUAUCGAUCCAAUUUCUAGAAAGGAAAUGGUGAAAAUCAUUGAAUGCUAUGAAAAGAAGAGACCAGAGUCUUUGGAGGAAGAGAGGCCAGGACGUGUUUCACAAAAGUACUCUGAAGAAGGCUUCCCUGGCUCUGGUCAGAAGCUGUGCAUAUAUAUAAGAAAUUUACCAUUUGAUGUUACAAAAGGUGAAGUGCAGAAGUUCUUUGCAGACUUUUCUCUUGUUGAGGAUGACAUUUAUUUGCUUUCUGAUGACAAGGGAAUUGGUUUGGGAGAAGCACUGGUGAGAUUUAAAUCGGAAGAGCAGGCCAUGAAAGCUGAACGUUUGAACCGGCAGAGAUUCUUGGGGACAGAGGUGUUGUUAAGACUUAUAUCUGAGGAACAAAUGCAGGAGUUUGGUGUAAAUUUUUCCUGGAUGUCAAAUGAGAAGACACAAGCCUGCUCCCGGUCACAUGAUGGAGAUGACUGUUCCUGUCUGUUUGACUUAAAAGAUCCACUGGCAACAGGCCAGUCCUUUGGCCAGUCUGAAAGCAUUCGUUAUCAGCCAAAAGACUUCAGGAAAAUGGGUCAUUUCAAGCAUCCCCGAGGGUAUUUCCAGCAGUCUGACAGGCACUCUCCUGAGGACUUCAGGCACUCUCCUGAAGACUUUGGACACCCCAGGGAGGAACAUAGCAGGCGCUCUAGGGAGGAAGACUGGAGACGGCCCCUUGAGGAUUGGAAAUGGCCACUGGAAGAUGAUUUUAGGCAGUCUCGUGAAAAAGAUUGUAGGCAGCUACCAGAGAAGGAUUUCAGAUGCCCUUGGGAAGAAGACUUCCGACGGCCAUCUCAGGAGCACUUCAGGCGUUCAUAUCAGGAGCACAUUAGACAGCCACCCCAUGAACAUUUCAGGUAUUCCCGAGAGGAAGAUUCCAGGCAUGUGGCAGAUGAAGAUUUUAGGUACCCUGCUGAUGAGGACUUCAGGACCUCCCAAGAAGAUUUGAGAUGUCCCACUGAUGAGGACUUUAGGCAGGUGUGUCUGGAAGACCACAGGGAAGUUCCUGAGGGGGAUCUUAGACGUUCUGAUAAGUUUAGACUUCCUGGAGAGGAUUUUUGGACCUCAUCUGAUUUCAGAGGUCACCAUCCUUUUGUGAACUUUGGUCACCUAGAAGGUGGCAAAUUUGAUUUUGGAAAGUAUAACAUAGGGAGUUUUUCAGAGGCAAAAGUUACAUCUGAUUUAAAUUUAAGUUGUAGGUCAGGUGGAAUAAUUCCUGUAAAAAUCUCAAAUCUUCCAUUCAAAGCUAAUUCUAAUGAAAUUCUAGACUUUUUUCAUGGUUAUAAAGUCAUACCUGGUUCUGUUUCAUUACAGUACAAUGAGCAAGGAUUACCUAUAGGAGAAGCUAUUGUUGCUAUGACAAAUUAUAAUGAAGCUCUAGCUGCUGUUAAAGAUCUAAGUGGUAGACCAGUUGGUCCCCGCAAGGUUAAGCUCAGUUUGCUUUAGAGGGUCUUUUUAAGUAAACAGUUUUCUUCUACUGUAUUGGUUCAGUGAAUGUAUACUUUUGUAAUUUAAUUAUCUAAAAAAUGUUUUUAAAGUGUGAUUAGAAAAAAAAAGGUGUUAUGCAAAUCCGGGUUCCUUUUUAUUUCAAGUGGACAUGCAUUUACCCCCUAAUUUAAAAUUACAUAUACUGUUUUUCGCAGGUAGAAUAGAACAAAUUUUCUGUUCUCAUUAAUGCUAUGAAUAAAUUAAUCUUUGACUUUGUUUUUACUAUCUUUUACUCAGACUAUAUAAGGAAAUAAAGGCUGAGUGAUUAAUCGGGUUUGGUACUUUUUCUAAUUGCCUGUAAAACUGCUUGUCAAGAUAUCAUGCUAAUGUCUCUUAUAAACUCUAAAUAGUUCAGAAAAUGAACUUACUGUGAAAGAAAUUUACUUAAGUUCUUCAAUAUUUGUGUUCACAAGUUUCAAAAGUUUAAUAAAGAUAAAAUUGCAAUUGAAAUACUUAUCAACUUCUAUUUGUGUAAGAAUAAGAACAAAGAAUUACUGCUUGGUAAAAUGUGGUUAGCCUAGACUAACACAAAGACAGUAAAAUAAUCUGAGGCUGGGAAGAAUAUGACAAACGAUUUUUCUAGGAAGAACUUACUGGUGGUUCAUUGUGUUCAUCUUAGCUUUGAAACUUUGUAGUUACGCAUAGAUUAACUAAAUGCAGACUUCUCAGUGAAUUUUGACUUUUUGAUACUUUUUUUGCUUAUACUCAAUUAGAUCAUCUUUGUCCAUAAUAAUGGAAAUAGUUGACAGUGGAUGCUUAUAUUAGGAAAUAAGCAAUUUAUACAUAUGAUCUUAAUGUUGUUAUAUCUCUAUUUCAUAAAUGAGAAAUGAAUUUAGGAGAAGUUAAAGUGCCUGAAGUCAGACUAAGUUAACCAAUUUCAACACCACCAGGUCCCUGAUUAUACCCUGUCCAUAAAUAUUUUUUACUGUGUCCCUUUCGUAAAUGAUAGUUUAAAGUUUAGUAACAUGAUAAAAAUAUUUUCAGAACAUGAUACAAAUAUUUUUAGAAAUAAGUAGUAUUCUGUUUGCUUUUAAUGUUGCACUUGAAGAAUGAUUAAAAACUAUAGUACUUAAAACAUUAAAUUGAGGAGAAAGUGACUUAAGAGUUUAUAAUUUCCUUUGGGAUACAUUAUAUUGUUUUCCAAAACAAAAUUCAUUUUCAUUUUAUGAUUUUUAUAGUUUAUAUGAAACAGUUUCACACACUUCCUUCACCUAGACAUUUUCCACACUGAGAAUUUAUUUUUAUAUGGUAUAUCAUUUAGCUAUUGCAGAAGUGUAGAAUACUUUCAGUAGUCUUUCAGUAAGGUAAAGAAAUCUGUGAAGCUUCUGUUUUUACUAGUAAAUGUCCUACUUAGACUAAAUCAGUAAAUUUUGUUGGAAAAAAAAGGCAUAGUCUUCAAACUCGUAGGCUUUUACAGGUAGAAUGAAGCAUUUGGAGUGCUUAAGGGAAACACAGUGAGACCCUAAGAUAAAGCUUAAAGUGAAAGAAUAUCGAGUAUGUAAUCGCUUCUCAGACUGGGCGGGGUGUUAGUGGUGGACAGAGGACCUGGUAAAUAGAAGCUCUGUCUGGAUUUUUGUGCACUUAAUACUCUAUGUGUGUGAGUGAUUUGCAUGCAUGUAUGUGCAUUAUGUGUCUUUGGACCUAAGUCAAGCUCAUCAGAUUCCCCGAAACUGGAACUACAGGCAGUUGUGAGCCACCUUGGGGAAGCUGGGAAGUGAACCCCUCCCUGCAAUAGCAGUUUGUGCUCCCCAACUGCUGAACCAUCUCUCCAGUCCCGUGCCUUGAUUUGAAAUAAGUACUGUGUCUGUUCUGUUUUCUCAGUUAUCAGGCUUACUGUACAUGUAUUGGUGUGGUUAUACAGAGGCUAGAACUUGAAGGUGGUGUCUUGCUCAAAUACUUUUCACUUUUUUGAGGCAAGGUCUCUCACUGAAAAUGGAGUUCACCAAUUUGCUGGAGGGUCUGGCCUAAAUCUCCAGGAUCCUCCUGUAUUUGCAGCCUGGAAGCUUCAGGUUCUUGUGGCAGUGCAGCAAACACGUUCCUGACUGAGCCAUGUCCCUCAGCUUCAGGCUUAUUAUUUUGUAAGCUUCAUUAUACAAGUUUAUUGUAGAAAACGUCUUUCCUAAAUAGUAGACUGGCAAAUAUUAAAGCACAUUUCUUUCUAAUACUGCCUUGAGUAACAUGUUGAUUUAACUUCGGUUGGCCGUGAUAGUAGGUAAUAUUUAUACCGUGGAACUUAGUAAAUCAACUCAUCCUAUUUGUCUCCAUGUUUGUCAACUCUAGGGAACUAACUGUACACAGUUGUUUCAGACACAUGGGAGAAUAGUCCUGAAGCUUCAUGUUUUCAUUGCCCAGCCUCAGGAAUUUCAUGGCCAGUUUUCUGUCUACCACAGCAGCAAUGCUGGGAGUGUAUUCUCUUUACAACACCCAAUGUCAGUUUGCAUUCAUGUUAUAUGUUUUUUCUGUUGAGAAUGUACAUAGAAAAUAGUAAAAAUAUCUAGAAAAUAAACUUAGUCCUGUAUGAAAUACAAAACCGUCCUAGAAAUGUUCAUCCGUCAAGCAGCUGAGAAUAGUGUUAAAAAGCAGUGACUUUUUGAUCCUUAUUCCCUAUUAAGCAGUGACCUUGUCAUUUUUAUUUUUAUAUUCUGCAUUAGCUGAUGUUCAUAACUAUCAAUCUGAUGAUCUUAAUUUUUAUUAGAGAUGUAAAAAUUUUACAUUAAUUUACAUUAGUUAAAUUUACAUUUUUAUUAGAGAUGUAGGCUUUUUAACAUGUUGAGUUUUUCCUGUUUUGUGCUGAAGAGGGGGGGGGCUGGGAAUGAAUCCCAGAGCCCCACCAUGCACUUUAGACUAGUCCUAACCACCAGUCCAGUUCUCACAUUCUUUAAUGCAGUUACAGUGUAACUGGUUGUGUAAAUAGUCAUACAAUGACUUUAUUUUUGCCUCACUGCCCUCAAACUGUGAUAUAUACCUUUUAUUUUUAUAAACAUGUUUACAUAGGAAUCUUGAUGUUCAUCAUCUUUGUGUUUUGACAGUCUCCUGUAGACAGUGUUGGUCCUAAACUCACUGAAGCCAAGGAUAACAAGUGAUCCUCCUGCUUCUGGCUUCCAAGUAGUGGGAGAACAGACUUGUAUCACCACAUUUGUUCUUAGAACAUUCUCUGAAUAGCAGCGACUGCCCAGAAUUGUUUGCUGCAUUGGACAUUAACUUGAUAGAUGAGUCAGUUUAUGCUGGAGAGAAGUUUCUAUUUGUUUUGCAGCAUCAGAAAUACCAUAGCUGUUUUCCCCUAACAUCUAAUUUGAAUAAUGAAUACUGACCAAGAAUGUCUAAACUUAAAAAAACAAAAAACAAAAAACAAAAAAAAAAGAAUGUAUAAACUUUCAGUGAGACCCUCACUCCUUAAUACCUACCUAGCGCUUCAUAGCAUUCAGAGCAUUUGAUCUUAGAAAGAACUUUAAAUGUAUUCUCAGAAACAAUACUUUGUCAAAAACAAACUUUUCUGUUUUGAUAAUUGCUUUGGGAUUCAUAAAAGCAUGAGUCUUUACCAAAAGAAAAUGGUCAGAUAUAACAAAGUUUUGUAGCUUUAGCAAUAGAGUAUAUAUAUGUCGGCAGUGGUGGGUCGAUAAGACAGUAGAGUGUGUUUGAUUCUUUAUGGCAUUCUACGAUGAGGGAACAUUUCUAACACAUUACUUGCCUUACACAGGUAGACUGAGCUGUACAGUGAGAUCACUUUUGUUUUAAAACAAGAAAGACUGAAUGUGGUCUUUUAAAUUAGAAUGUAAUCAUUUAUAUGUACAUUUAUAAAACUUGUUAUCAGUACCUCAUACCUUUAUUGUGCUAAAUUUUAGUUGAAAACACUAAAAAGUAAAAGAAGCAAUAUUUUUACUUAAGGCAUUAGGGCAUAUGAUUAUUAACUAACCUUUUCUGGUAAUCAAAAACUGGAACUUUUUCCUAGAAAAAAUUAAGGACUUAUUGAGUAUUUUGUCAUUCACUUAUGUUUUUGCACCUUUAAAAGGUAUGUGUGUGUGUGUUUGUGUGUCACACACAUAGUGUUAAAUCUGAAAUGCUUUGAAAUAAACAAUUAUUAACAGAACAUACACAGAAAAAUUAUAUACUACCAUAGAUACUAUGUUCAAAGGCUGUAUGUAUUUCAGAAAAAAAUCAUUUUUUCUUAUUAGCAUAAUUUUCUUUAAUUACCCCCAGUUUCAUAGUAGCAUUUUAUUUUAUACUUUAACCUUGCAAGUCAGUAUAAAGUGAUCCUACAUUUCAAGUCAUAUGACAUGAAAACAGAAAUGUGAAUUCUUUUAUAAAUUAGUUUUCAUCUUCUGUAACAUCUAAUUCUUCAUCAUCCUCAUCUUCUACAUGUUGAUCCUUUUUUGUUCGACAGGUGGCUACCUGUUAAAAACAACAAAUGAUAAAAUAAAAAUAUUUUUAAACAUUUGGCAUCCUUACAUGUGUUUUUAUUAGAGAAAUAUAGAAGUUUCAGAAAAUGUUGAAGUUCCUUGUGAUUUUAAGGUUGAAGUCUCUAUUUCUAUAUCUGAUUCUAGUAGUAUGGUUCAGUAACGUAAAAUACCAUUACUGUGUAUUGUAAAUUAAAUGGUAAGUUAUGGUAAGUUAAAAUUAAACAACAUAGCAGUAUGUGCAUGAUAAUCAUCAAAGUGGAUGGUAGAACCAGGUAAGUCUGAUAGACAGACAGCAAUAUUGACAAUAGAAUGAUGUUAUGAAUUGAAAAGAUACUCCGCAGGUAUCCGUCUUACGUUCCCUUUUAUAUCUUAUAACUUCUCUGAGGGGACUUACAGCACCCAGGGUACACUGGGCACUGUGUGCAGAGCAGAGGUGGUCAGGCUGUGGAUGUGGGUCACAGACAUGUUGCUCAAUAUCGUUACAGUAUACACACAAUCUCAACUCUACCCAACCCACCAGGAACUUGAUCUCAAGUCAGUAGAGAUAAUAUUACAAAUAUCAUGGUAUACAAGCUUCUUACCGUUUUAGAUAGAACCUUGUAUGGAAUAUAAACAUGUAACUUUGCGGACUGUGUGUGAGGGUAAAGUAAUAGAAAUGUAAUUUGGGGAAAGAGGAAUGCAAAACAGUGCAGAGGAUCUAAUGACAGGAAUUUUUACCUAUCCAAAUUUUACUUAAAAUUGUAUUUUGAGAUUAUUUUGUUUAUUAAGUUUUAAAAUUCUGAGGCAAAGCAGAUUUUGGUCCAUUGCAGUCGUUUUAGGGGUUUGGCUGUUGAUCUAAAGACCUAUAUUCUGAGUCCAUGAAUUAUGCUUAGGAAAAUGCCACUUUUACGUAUAAUUUUUUAAAAAAAUUAAGUUUGUAGUUUGACCCUAGAAUUUGUUUAUAUUACAUCCAUCAAAUCUACGUGAGUACUGUUCUGUCUUUCCCAUCUGCUUCUUCAUUGUUCUGCCUCAGAGAGUACAUAGAGAGCAAUUAUAGAUACCUUCAAUUUUCAGAGAAAAAACAAUGGCCAGAGAUAAUACAUUGUAUGAGGUCACCUAAGAGGAGAAACACUUUUAGCACUGAACCAUAGAGUCAACAACUCAAAUGCCUUUUCACUUUUUUAAGCUUACCUGUCCAGUUCCAGAUGUGCACUUAGUUGACAGUGGUCUCUGAAGAGGUGACUUUGAAUUUGCUCUUACAAUAUCUAAACGAGAUGGAUAAUCUGAUAGAUACAGAGAAUUUCGGAAAACCUAUUGCAAUAUAAAACAAUAUUUUAAAUUGGAGGGUAAAUGAACAUCUAGAUAACCAACUUCACAUUCUUAAUUACAAGUCUAGUUAAAUUAGAAAAGGGUAAAAAUUUGUAGAAGAAUCUUGCAGAUUGAUAAGUGGUGUGGAGCAACCAUGAAAUCGUCUGAGAGGCAACUGCAAACUCGUGUGCUGUGCAUUUGUCCUUGGUUCUGUUUGCUUUGCCUCCUCAUCUUUCACUGACUUCGCUGCAGCAGUGCCACUGUGCACAGUGCAGACUGGAGCCACCCUCCCCCUAAGGGGAUAUCAACAGUGUUAGAGUCUGGACUACAGUGCUCCCAGUGUUGUCAGUGUUUCUCAAGCCUUCGUAUCUCUUAUACUUCCCCUGUAUUCCUAACAGGAGAGUCAGGUCAUCAGGUGUGCAUUUAAACACCUCCCUGCGAACUCUUCCACUUCUUAAAGCAGUUGUCAUUCUAUUCUCUUCCAAUGCGUGUUUUUCCUACACAAAACUACAAAUUUACAAAGAUUUGGUUUCUACAGGAUCCUUCUAGAACAGUGGCUCUUAAUCUUCCUAAUGUUUGUAACCUUUUAAAGAAGUUCCUCGUGUAUGGUGGCCCCCAAUUGUAAAAUUCUUUCUUUGCUUCUUCAUAGCUAAUCUUGCUUCGUUUUGAAUUGCAAUGGAUAUUUGUUUUCCUGAUAUUUCCUUAUGUGAUCCCCGACUGCAAAGGUUCACAACCAUGGGUUGAGAACUGCUGGUGGGUCGCAAUUUGCCUUGGCAAACAGACUGUUUUACUUAAAAUCCCCGAGUUUUGAAUGCUACUUGGCAUAACCGGUGCUGCAGUGACUGCUCAGACAUCUAGGAUGUAACAGCCUGGUUUCCAUUUUAUAAUGAUGGUGGGGGUAAUGUGUUCAGUGCUACUGGAUUCAAACGUGAAAGAAUUUCACACACACAUCUCAUACAGCCCUGAAACAUUGAGUUUUUCAGCUAUCUCUUCUCUACAACCUACUCAGUAGCUAGCUUAUGGAGAGCAGUGAUAAGCUGAAAAGAGCACAGUGUAACUUAUCUAUGGCCACUGGAACAAGGUGGAAAAUCUUAAUGACCAAACAGAUGUCAGUUCACAUGUCAGGAAUGAUAGAGAAAGGAGCCUGAUAAAAAAGUUUUGCAGGAAAGGUACACAGAUCACUUGAACCUGUUACUAAAGGCAGUGUUUUUCCUUGCAGGAAAUGGUACAAGCCUCAAGUGUAGUAGCCUUGAGCACAAAGCAUUAAGAAUCAUGUUGUGACAGACAUGACUUUCACUCGUGCUGCUAAAAGAGCUGUCAGACCCCUGGAAGUCUCUUGACUAUAUUUCAGUUUUAAGGGAGGAAAUAUGUAUUUUUAUUAAAGUUGACGGAACAACUAGCAUAGUUAAGAUGCAUAGAUUUGUGCAAAGCAAUGAUUAUAUAAAUAUUUGCUAUUUUAAAAUUGUGUACAAGUUCAGUUGAAUACUCUUAAAAUCACAUGCAUAUGAGUGAGGAUGAAAUACUGGGCUGAGUAGCUGGAGAGAGUACCCAGUCAUUCUUUAACCAGGUAUAAGUGGAAAACUCACAAAAGGUAAGUAUUUAGGUUACACAUAAUAAUAUAGGUCAUUACCAUAUAAACUGAAGCUCUAAAACAUUUGCACACUAACAGAACUGAGUUUAUAUGUAGACUUACCUCUAAGUCUUCAUCCUCAUCAAUUUUUUGUAUAUUUUGGUAGGCGGCAGUGAGGACCUCUAAAGCUUUGCCAUGAAAUAGCAUUUCAAUUGUGAUAAACUCAGAUAAUAUGUUCUGAAAAACAAGAAGGUUGGAAUUUUAGGAAGUCUUGAGUUUGUAUGUAUUUAAGAGUUUAUUUAAGAACUAUAGAGUUUUAUAUUCUCUAUUAUAUAGUCUCAGUAUUUUGUGUUACUAAGACCUGGUUUUUGGACCGGACCAAAGAUAACUGAGAAUCAAAAAUUGUGAUGGCUUUUUACAGCAACAUACUUAAAUUGUGCAAAGUGUUGCUAUACCCACUAGUCACUUCUCCUUUUUUAAAGUUAUUUGUAUGAAAAUAAAGAACUAAAUUGUACAUGACUAAUUACAUGCCUAUUUGUAAUUGUGUUAAAAAUUUGAAACUGAUUAAAGAUUGACGUCAUAGAAGAGCCAUGAAACUGACCAACAGUAUUUGUUAUGUGGUGAUGUAGGUCAUGGGGCCUCUGUGUUCUAGUAUGUACCUGACUAUCAAGAUGAGUAGCCCUAAGAUAGGGUAAAAAAGUCCACCAGGCAAUGAUGCCAUUGUGCUACUAUACAAGGACACAGUCAGAUUAAUAAGACUAGAAACGUGAAGCAUUGCCUGCCAAAGCUAUUUACAGGCUCUACAAAGAGAAUGAAUGGAAAAGUAAGUGCUUCCCACACUUUUCAGAGUGAAAAAUCACAAAACAAUUAUAGGAAAGCUCAGAGAACCCACCAUUUAUUUAGCAAUGGAUAGUAAGCUGUGACACUGAACCACAAGCAACAGAAGAAACUGAAUAGAUAUCCCUAAAAUUGAAAAUGUGUGUUCACAAUAGGAUCAGAAAACACAGACAACUGACAGUGUGACAAAGCAAGGACAUCUAUUAUUUAGUGAGGAACUUGUAUCCAGAACAUGAUAAAAGCAACACUUACAACCCAAUAGUAAAGACCACCCAAUUGGAAUAUGGACAAAGGCCUGAAUGGGCAUUUCUCCAAAGAAUAUAUACGGACAGUCAGUAAACAUUAUUCAGGAUUGCAAAUCAAAACUACAAUGAGAUACUACUUUAUACACAUCAGAAUGGCUACAAGCCGAUCAGUCUAGUAAGAAGAAUGUACUGAGGAGUCAGGAAUGUGGAACCAUCAUACAAUGCUAGGAAGGAUGUAAAAUGGUAAAGCAUCCUCAAACAGUAUGGCAAUCCCUCCAACGUUUACUGUUGCAUCCAGUCAUUUAACUCUUUAAUUUUUUCAUUUUAUAUUCAUACAUAUUUAAUAUAUAUUCAAUGUGUAUUUCAUAUAAAGAUAUGAAGUGCAAAAAUAUAUUUCCACACAAGAAUGUGUUUAUGAAUGUAUAAAGUUAUAGCCAAAUGGGAAUAGUUAAGUAGCCAUGGACUCAGUAACACAUAAACAAUCUUUUAUAAUCAAAUGUAUUUGGCCAAAAACAGAGUGAUGCAUAUUACAACAUGGAUAGGCCUAUAGACAUGCUAAGUGAAAUAAAACACAAAAACUGUCCUGUGCAUGGUGAAAUGUCCAGAAUGGCUCUACCCACAGAGAUAAGGGUAAUGGUUUCUUAGGUCUAGUAAUCAGGCAGAGAGCUAAAGGUAAAGUAUACAGAGGCUAGGUGAUGAAGAUGUUCCCAAACUGGUAAUGGUUGUACGUAUUUAAACAGUGAGUUAUGGACUUUUGAAUUAUAUCUGCUAUUUCAUAGGGGAAGUUUUCUCUUACUCCUUUCUCCUUGUAAAAAAACAAAUUUUUUUGUGGGACUAGUAAUGCAGACAAAGGAACCUGGAUACGCUGUGUAGCUCCAUGUGUUCCAGAAAGUCCCUGGAAGUACACAGUAAAGCUCGUAUUUCUGCACUUUCUUUGCCCCACUUUUGUACUCAGUAUUGAGCAGGAAAUUUAUAACACUGAGGAGGUAGCUCACAUGUAGGUGGGACACAAAAAGUGAACCCAAAAGUCAUAGAUUGUUUUUCACUGGAAAAACAUUUACAGGUCAAAGGAAGGGUUAGCUAAUAAGUUGGUACCAUAGCAAAAUCACAAAAAAAAAAAAAAAAUAGCUGUUAGAGGAAAAUUUGCAGUGAAAGCAAAACUUAAUUUUUAAUAGCAUAUAAUUAUUAAGCAAUAUUUAGGAUUUUUUCAACUAUAACAUACAUUGUUAUCAAAGACCUUAUGAGAAAGUAAAAUCUGCAGGUUUGUCACAAUAAAGGCAACUGUGAAUAUUUGGAACCAAACCAGUUCAUUAUUGUGGAUACGAAUUAAUGUUACAGUCCUAUUAGCAGUAAUAUUCCUACGGUAAAACACCAUGACCAAAAGCAAGAUGGGGAGGAAAGGGUUCAUUUGGCUUCCAGUUUUACAUCUUAGUCCAUCAUUGAAAGAAGUCAGGGCAGGAGGAACUCAAGGUAGGAACCUGAAGGCAAGAGCUGAUGCAGAGGGCUUGUAACUUGUUUACUGGCUUACUCAUCAUGACUUGCUCAGCCUACCUUUGAAAAGAACCCAGGACCACCAGCCCUGGUACUUUAGAGUAAAUGUUGGAAAAAAAUUGUUGAAGCAAGGGACCAAACAAGCCUGUAUGUAUAACCAUUGUAAUAUCUAACAAAACAGUCUUUUAACCAAAAUUAAAAGAAGUGAUAUUCAUCAAAGGAAAAAUCCACCAAUAAGAUGUCUCAAUUCUAUGCCCAAAUGCAAGGGCAUCCAGAUUUGUAAAAGAAAUUUAACUAAAGGUUAAAUCGCACAUUGAAACCUACACACUAAUAGUGGGAGAGUUCAAUCCCCAGUCUCACCAAUGGAUAGGACAUGCAGACAAGUAACUAAACAGAGAAAUAAUGGAACUAACAGACAUUAUGCCUCAAAUGGACCUGACAGGUAUCUACAAGGAUUAAAACUGGACUUCAACAACAAUAGAAACAAAAGACAGCAUUCAAACUCAUGAGAACUGAUCAACUCUACUCAAUGACCAUGGAGUCAAGGAAGAAACAAAAAAAAAGUUUCUAGAAUUUGGUGAAAAAUGAGUGUACAACAUAACCCAAACUUAUGGGACACAAUGAAAUCAUUGCUGAGAAAAAAGUUCACAACCUUCAUAAAGUGCCUUCACAAAGAAAUUAGUGAUAUUUCAUACUGGGGAUGUAACAGCAUACUUGGAAGCUCUAGAACAAAAAGAAGUAAACACACCUAAGGAGUAGAGGACAGAAAUAAACAGUUGAAAUCAAUAAAAUAGAAACAAAGAGGACAAUACAAAGAAUCAACGAAAGAGUUGGUUCUUUGAGAAAAUCAACAAGAUAGACAAACCCUUAUCCAAACAAAAGAGCUGAAAGAAAGUAUCCAAAUUAACAAAAUCAGAAUGAACAGAGAUUGAAUUAACAGAACAAACAUUGUGGAUAUACCAAGAAUCUUUAUAUUUUACUUUAAAAACCUGUACUCCACAAAAUUGGGAAAUGUAAAAGGAAGAGACAAUUUUCAUGACAUAUGCCAAUUACAAAAUUAAAUAAUAGUCAGAUAAACAAUCUAAAUAGACCUAUAACCUCUAAUGAAAUAGAAGCAAUCAUUAACAGUCCUGUCCCCCCAAAGCUUAGGGCUGGGCUGGACUCUUAGAGGUCCUGAGUUCAAUUCCCAUCAAUCACAUGGUGGCUCACCACCGUUUGUAAUGUGAUCUGAUGCUUCUGGUGUUUGAAGACAACUACAGUGUACUCAUACAUACAUAAAAUAAAUCUUAAAAAAAAUAAAAAAAGUCAAGGGCCAGAUGGUUUUAGUUCAGAAUUCUACCAGACUUCUAAAGAAGAGCUAAUACCAAUACUCUAUGAACUAUUCCACAAUAGAAACAGGAAGAACAUUGCCAAAUUUAUUUUAUGAGGCCAGUCACCCUGAUACGUAAACCACACAAAGACUCAACAAAGAGAAUUACAGUCUAAUUUCCUCAUGAACGUUGAUGCAAAAGUAAUAAAAUACCUGCAAAUUGAAUUCAAGAACAUAUCAAAAAGAUCAUGCACCAUAAUAAAGCAGGCUUUAUCCCAGAAAUGCAGGGAUGAUUCAACAUAAGAAAAUCCAUCAUAAAAACGUAUCCACUAUAUAAACAAACUGAAAGAAAAAAAACCCUACAUGAUCAUGUCAGUAGAUGCUGAAAAAGGCUUUGACAAAAUCCAACACCCCUUCAUGUUAGAAGUCUUGGAGACAUCUGGGAGUCAAGGGACAUAACUAAACACAAUAAAGGUAAUAUACAGCAAGCUAAUAGCCAAUAUCAAAUUAAAUGAAGAAAAACUUAAAAGAAUUCUAUGAAAAUCAGGGACAAGACAAGGCUGUUCAUUUUCUCCUAUCUCUUCAAUAUAGUACUUGAAGUUUUAGUCAGAGCAAUAAGACAACUAAAAGAGACCAAGACAACAUAAUUUAGAAAGGAAGAUGUCAAAGUUGCUAUUUGUGGAUGGUAUGAUAGUAAACAUUAGUGACCCUAAAAAUUCUACCAGGGAACUCCUAGAGCUGAUAAAAACCUUUAGCAAAGUUGCUGAACACAAAAUUAACUAAAAAAAAAAUUUAAACAACAACAAAGCCCAGUAGCCCUGCUAUAUUCAAAUGUUAAAUAGGCUGAGAAAGAAAUUACCUCAAGUGAGCAAUAGGUAGGCCAAGAACUUCAAGUCUUUGAAGAAAGAAAGAACAUAUCAGAAGAUGUAAAGAUCUCUCAUUCCAUGAAUUAAUGGGACUAAAACAGUAAAAACACCCAUCUUACCAAGAUAAGUCUACAGAUUGAAUGCAAUUCCCACCAAAAUUCCAACACAACUCUUUAUAGACCUUGAAAGAUCAAUACUCCAUUUCAGAUGGAAAAAAAGAAAAACCCAACCAAACAAAAAACAGGAUAUCUAAAACAGUCUUGUGUAAAACUUCUGGAGCUACCACCGUCCCUAAUCUCAAGCUGUACUUCAGAGCAAUAGCAAUAAGAACCAUGGUACUGGCACAAAAACAGGUUGAUCAAUGGAAUUGAAUCAAAGACCCAGAAAUAAACCCAUAUACCUAUGGACAACUGAUUUUUGAUAAAGAAGACAAAAUUCUACAGUGGAAAAAGCAUCUAAAACAAAUGUUGUUAGUCUAACUGGAUGACUGCAUGUAGAAGACAAAUCAGCGAACAGAUUCAUAUUUAUCAUCCUACACAAAGCUCAAGUCCAAAUGGAUGAAAGACCUCAACAUAAAACCAGUUGCACUGAAAAGAAAGUGGGAAAUAUCCUUGAACAUAUUGGUACAGGAGACAUUUUCCUGAACAGAACAAUAGCUCAGGCAUUAAAAUCAAGUAUAAAUAGGACUUCUUGGAAUUGAAAAAACUCUGUAAGGCAAACGGUAUUAUCAAAAGGACAAAACAACAGCCCACAGAUUGGGAGAAGAUCUUUACCAGCUCCACAUCUGAUAGAAGGCUGAUAACCAAAAUAUAUAAAAAACCCAAGAAACUAAACAUCAACAAACCAAAUAACCCAAUUAAAAAACAGGGUACAGAUAGAAAGACAGUUCUCAACAGAGGAAUCUCAAAUAGCUGAGAACUUAAAGAAAUGUUCAUCACCCUUAGCCAUCAGGGAAGUGCAAAUCAAAGAACACUAAGACUCCAUCUUAAACCUCUCAGAAGGGCUAAGAUCAAAAACACAAGUGACAGCUCAGGCUGGUGAGGAUGUGGAGUAAGGGGAACAUUCUUCACUGCUGUUGGCAGUCUAAACUUGAAUAGUCACUUUGAAAGUCAAUAUGGCAGCUUUUCAGAAAAUUAGGACUAGAUCUAUAUCAAUCCAAGCAUAUAAACAAAGGAUGUCUUACCAUACCAAAAAGAUAAUACUCAACCAUGUUCGUAGCAGCUUUAUUUGUAAUAGCUAGAAACUGAAAACAAUCUAGAUGUCCCUCAACUAGUGAAUAAAGAAAAUGUAACAUUUACACAGUGGAGUAUUCAGCUAUUAAAAACAAUGACUUUAAGAACUUUGCAGGCAAAUGGACGGGACUAGAAAAAAUGCUAAGUGAGGAAAUUCAGACCCAGAAAUACAACCACGGUAUGUCCUCACAUAAGUGGAUAUGAGCCAUUAGGUAAAUAACCAUGCUGCAACCCACAGACCAAAGAAGUUAAGUAGCAAGGAGGGCUCAAGGAGGAGGAGGUGUAUGACUCUCCCUCAGAAGGAGAAAAAGAAUUGGCAUCAGGUGGGCAGGGGAGCAGACUUCAUGGGGGCGGGGCUGAGAACAGGAGGGAUCUGCGGAAAGAUGCAGAGAAAGAGUGCUGGGAAAACCAAUCGAAAUUACUGGGGUGGAAUCUUUGGGACAAACUAGAAACCUAGGGCAGUGGAAACUACCAGGAAGCCAUGGAAGCCAUGGGGUGACUCUAGCCAAGACUCCAAGCAAUGGGGGACAUGGAGCCUGAAGUAGCCAUUUCCUGUUACCAGACAAGAUUUGCAAUAGAGGACAACCCAGUCACAAAACUUUGGAUCUACAAUUUGUCCCGCCUAUAAGAAGUACAGGGGUAAAGGUGGGGCAGAAAUUGAGGGAAAGGCCAACCAAUUACUGGUCUGGCUUGAGACCUACACCAUGAGAGGGAGUUCACCCCAGAACUGUUAAUGAUACUUGCCAACUGGAGCCUAGCAUAACCAUCAUCAGACAGGCUUCACCCAGCAACUGAUGGAAACAGAUGCAGAGACCAAAUAUUACAUGGAGCUUGGGAAAACCUGCAGAAGCCAGGGAGGAAGGAUUGUAGAAGCCUGAGGGAUCAAGGACACCUCAAGAAAACCUAUAGAAUCAACUAACCUGGGCCCAUAGGGGUCCACAGAGAUUCAACUGUCAACCAGAGAGCAUGCAUGACCUAGGCCCUCUGCACAUAUGUACAGUUGUGCAGCUUGGUCAUCAUGUAGGACUCCUCCAUGUGGGAAUAGGGGGCCUCUCUACUGUCUGCUUUUGGGACCCUUUGCCCCUAUUGGGCUGCCUAGUCUAGCCUCAAGAGGAGAACUAUUGCUUAGUCUUGAUGCAACUUGAUAUGUCAAGGCUGGUUGAUACCCAUGGGAGGUCUUCCAUUUUUUGAGGAGAAAGGGAGGAGAAAUAAAUGGAGUGGGGAGUGGGGUGGACUGGGAGGAAAGGAGGAAGGGGAAACUGCACUUGGAAUAUAAAGUAAAUUAAUUAAUAUAGCCCCUUUAACGCACCAUUAUAUGUGGGACAGUUGAAAGACCCUGGUUCCUGGUUGAGGAGGUUUGGAACUCCAGUGACUUUGAGGGACCAUAGGCGUUUCCCCUGACUUCUAGGAAACCAGGCCAGUCACAAGCCCACAGUCCUCCAUAGAUUUGUGAGUAUCAGUUACAUAAAGGCAAUACCCCAAGCCCCUUCACAGGUAGAGGACCUGACCACAGGUCAAGACAGAUCUCCAUUAUAAUGAGGUACCUAAAGGCCUGGAGGCUUAGUCAAUGAAUUUCCCUUCCCAGACACUCCUCCCUGCAAAAGGUAUUUAAUCUCAGACCCACUCUGAGAAGGGGAGUAUGAUUUUACUCAUCCACUUUCUUCAUGAUGAUAAAGGUCUUAAAAUCAUGGACUGGCUCUUUUAAUUGGGAUCUGCCAUGAGGAUCUGUAGAGAAGCCCUUCACCUACAGAGCAGCCUAAUCUCUGGCAGAAGGCCUCCCUGCACUCCCAGCAGCACCUGCCACCAAGCUCAAGUCUACUGCAGUCAAGCCAAGGGCUCCCCACAGCGGGGCCAGCCAGAAAUCUCCCCUUCUUCUCCUUUGACUCAGGGCUAGAUCCAGCCCUGCACUGGGACAGCAUUCCAGCGGCGCCUGGAUGCCCAAGAGUCUGAGAACCAGACAGCCCUGGCCUCCUGGUAGGCCGGGGACCCUGUGCCACCUCCGGCUAUCCGGUGACUCAGACUGCACUGCUGCUUCCCGGCACCCAUGGCGGUGUCCCAUGGCUUCUCAGCCUGGCGGCAUGGGGUUAAGUAUGGUCAAACUUCCCUGCCUUCCAAGUGGCCCGAGUUCUGUGACAGAGCAGACCACACCCCCCCCCUUAACCUACAGUUGUAUUCAUAAUUAGAUUUGAUAAAUUUUGGUCUAUAAUUCUUUUUAGUUUAAGAACUCUAGGUUAACAAUCAGUAUGUUAUUUUUUCCUUCACUUUAAGUAAGGUUAGACAACAUUCUGUAUGAAGUUAAUUACCUUUAUGUCCUUUAUUUUCUGCUUUUCAAAAUUGUCAAUAGUUUCCUCCAGAUGACGAGUGGUGCGGGUAGCAUCAAUUGUGGCUCUCUGUAAUUCAGUUUCUGCCUAAAAACAUGAAUGCCCCAACAAAAACCUUCUUCAGAAUCCAGUAGAUGAAUCUUUUGGUGAAAGUUACUAUUUUACUGUUGGCUUUCUGGCCUAAAAGUGUAAACUGUUCAAAUUUACCUUUUACCACAUACAACGAAAGCACUAUAUUUAUAGUAUGCACAACACAGAGCUUUACGUUUGUUGAGAGGUAUUUAAUCUCAAACAACAGUCCUUUCUUCAAAACCUACUUCCCUGUUACUCAUGGCUAUACUGUAAAACUACUUUCUGUUUUCUCCACUUCCUUCUACCUCCCUCUGUGCUGUUUGUCUCACUGUUCUUUCCCUCAAAGACAAGACUUGUAACUGGUUACUGUUCUCAGUGUAUUAAUCUAAUACAGAUUAUCUGUAUUAUAUAUAUCUAAUACAGAUAUAUAUAUAUAUAUCUCACUAAUAUAUUAAAUGGCAAGUUUUAAUGUUUUGCUUUAUACAUGCAUUCCAUACUAUCUAGAUCUGUGUUGUAAAAUCAAUUAUCACAGCCACUAUCUAUAUAUAACUAUUCACUUAUAGAUUAUAAGACUUUCUUUUUAAAAAGCUGUUUUCUAAUACUCUAGUCUAUAUUAAGAAUUUAGGCACAUACAGCAGGAACGGUACUGGUAAGUACAGAAAAUUCCAAUUUAAUCAUGUUAUUUCUCUUUAAGCAUCAUUUCCUUUAGAACAAUAGUUGCUACCAGACAUUAAAAGUUGUCUUAAGCAGUACCAACAAUUAAAAAAAAAACAUACCUCAGUUUCAUUAGAUUACUCCUAAUAAAGUUUUGUUUUUUAUAUUAAAAUUAUAUUUGCUCUAUAGUCAUAUCAUUUAAUAUGAACUUGUCAUCAAAGUUUUGAGAUAUAAUACUCUGUGAUUUAGCUAUUGCUUCCUCUUAAAAGAAUCUGUAAGUUGAAACAAGUAAACGGGUUUACUCUCAGGAUCCAUUUCUUGACACACCAAUUUAUUGCCCACCUGCGACUGAGAAUUUUCAUAAAGGAAAAAAUACAUUUCAAAGGGAACUGAACACUGUAAAGUCAAGUCAUAUACCCUUAUAAAAUUGUUCUUACAAUUAGUGUAAGUACAUAACUUUAGGAUACUAAGCACUUUAAAGUAUGUAACUUGUAUCUGUAUUUGCUUAUAUCUACCAUAUAAAACAUAGUUUUAAAAAAGACUUAAUCCUAACUAGUAUUAAAAACUAUUUAAAUACAUUUCUGGGCUUUUUUUUUUUAAAACAGAAAAUUCAAAUGUAGAGUCCCUUUGAAGUUUUGUUCUGAAAAUGGCUGUCAGUUACUUGAUUUCUGAUUUUUUUCCUGAGAAUACUUGGACUGACUCCUAAUGACUACAAUAUAUGAUAUACAGUUCUUGUGACUUUUAUUUUGUAUCCUGUUUUUGUCCUCAUUUCCUUAUAUUUUAGUUUAAGAAUUGCAAGUCUCUUUAGGGACUGGUUAGCCUAGAAAAGCAUAGGAAUCUGAAUAGCUGGGGUCUUGAACCUGACAAAUUCUAUCCUUUUCUAAGGUCUGAAAUCCUUUUUCUGAGCAGAGGACUCCCAGAGCCAGUCUUUAGCAAAGAAAAUAUGCAUGUCUGAUUGUUAUUAUAUUUACUCAAAACUGCUCAAAAUUCUACAACAAAUCAAUCUUGAGUAAGAACUGUUAAGACAGUUCUCUGAACAAGCAGCAGUAUAUCCAGUUAGCCAAGACUUUCAAAGAUGGUAACGGGGAAGCCGCAUGGAUGCUCUCAAACAGCAUUACAGCCAUUCAGAAGUCAUCUGGCACCUUGGGGUGGACAGCAGAUCCCAGGAUUAUCUUCAUUAUACUCCGACUCAUUUAUACCCUGAACUUUAGCAUACUACUGAGUAAACAUUCGAGUUGUAAGGGUCUAUCUUCACAUCUGGUAAAAAUACUCUGAUGCUCCUGACUAUUUUUAUGUUUAUAUUUAAUACAUUUACAUGUAUAAUGCGGUUUAUGCUCUAGUUUCAGGUUAUUUAAGUCGGUCUUAACUAGUGAGCAGAACAAUUCACCUAUAACAGUAACGUGUUUUUCCCACCUUGUUUGAGGUAUGCCGUAAGGACUGCUCCUUCCUCUACAGCAGUGUUAACAAAGCAUUGUAAGUCAGAAAAGUUUGACUUAGCAGUAUAUUCAUUUCUAUGUUAAAGAUCAAUAUGAAACUUAUGAUUCAAUCAACAACUAUGCAGGAUUACAGAUGUUAUAUAUUUUUUUCUUUUUUCUUUAUUUCGGAGCUGGGGACUGAACCCAGGGCCUUGUACUUGCUAGGCAAGCGCUCUACCACUGAGCUAAAUCCUCAACCCCCAGAUGUUAUAUUUUACCAGCUUUCAUAUUCUUCACCCCAAGAACAAAACAAAUUUUGAUUGCUGACUUAGUUCUUAAACACUGAUAAAUCUCUAGAUGACAGAGAUCUCUAAUUGUCAGGCAUGAACUUUUAGCAUUCUCUAGUUUGUUCAGCUUGCUUAAAAAAGACUGUGGUUUGAAAUCCUAAGCUCCGAUAAAUGUCCAAUACAUUUUCUGCACCAGCCCAACUUAAAUACCUUUUUCUUUUUUAAAAGGUUGGGUGUAUAUACCUUUGGUCUAAAGAAAGACAGGCCAGGUAAAUGGUGCAGUCCUAAAUCACUGCCCAGGGGACUCCCUUCAGGAAUGAAGGUGUUCUUCAACAUCCAGUGCCCCAAAAGAGCCACUCCUUAUUGGUGUCGGGCUGGCCUGGCCUGGGCAGAACUAACCUUGAGCAGGAGGCGACUCAGGUAAGUUAGAAUGGGGAAUGAUGGCAGGGAGCUGUUAGUGCUUUCUACCAGCACUGCAUAUGUUUGCUGGUCAUCAACGAAACAUAUUUUAGUUCAGGAUGUAAUUGUUUUCUAGAAGCUCCUUUUUAUUUUUAUAACAGACAUUCCUAUUUAGAUACCAUGUGUCUUGCUAUGAGCUUAAUUAUACUGAAAUCUCCUGAAGGUUUGAAUAAAGUUAUCACUAUGAUUUCAUGUAAAUGUUUUUUGAUGAAGGACAUUGUGGGAAAAUUUCCCCCUCCCUUAAAAGUGCUGCAGGCAGGGCGCUGAGUCAUUAGCAUUUACUUUUUAAUUUACCCUGAAAACAUCAACAUUUCUGAGUGCACUGGAGGGUAGUCAAUCAUGAAAAACAAACAGUACUGGGUUAGGAGAGGGGACUACUUUACAGCUGCCUAGUUUCUAUUGUGAGGAUUUCUAAAUGGGAUUCUUUUUGCCACUGACAUGAAAAUUCUCCACUUAGAACUAGAGAUGUAUAAUUUCCAUAUACAUUUACUUUUGUACUGCAUACCCCACAAAACCUUUUUCUAAAAAGACCAAAAUCCAAAGGAUACAAUUACAUGUCGAUCCGAUGGGUUUCGCUGGCGUGUCCUUUCUAACUGAGAUAACUGUUUGGCUUCUCGAUUCCUUGCUGUUAAUGUUGCUUUGAGAUCAUCCUGUAAAUAAGCAUUUUCUCAGUAAAACAUUCUACAGUAAGAAUGGAAGAAUAUUUGCUUGACUUUGGUACUGUGAGCAUAGGAGUUAUGAGUACUGUAGAGCGGUGUGUGUGUACAUGAGAGCCUAUGUGUUUUAUUGAUAUUUUCUCAAGACACAAUAUGAAUGGAAAAUGAGCCAUACAAAUACAUGGCUAUAAUAUUGGUUGUGGUGAUGCUUACAUGAACAUUAUAAAAACCAAGCACUGAAAAAUAAUUUUAUUUUGUGUAAAUUUUACUCCAAGUUGAUUUCAAAAGCAGUUUGUCAGAAAUACAAGUCACCAUUCUUUAAAACAAAAAAUAUAUAAACAUAUUCAUAUUUUAAAUGUUUAAAAUACAUUAUUUUUAUUGCCAAGAUAGACUAUUAGUGUACUUAGGAAGCUUGGUAAAAAUGCUUUAUUAUUUUUAAAGAUCCAAGAAAAUCUUUCUCAAAGUAUAUAAAAAGAAUAAUUGUAUGUUAUUUUCUAUUUGUUAUGAAAAAGACAAAACCUCAUACCUUGUCAUAAUACCAAGUAGAUAAAAAAAUGGACUGACUUACUCGUUUCAUCUUUACAAUGGUCCCAUAAGCUUUCAAAGGUUCAACUACUUUGGCUUCAAGUCUUUCAACCUAUUGAAAAUUAUAUAAAAUAUAACUGAAAAGAAACAUAGAAAUAUCAAAAUUUAAAUCCUGAAAUAAAGAUCUACGUUGUUUAAUCUGAAAUAAAUAAUGCACAGGCUAAUAAGUCUCGAAAUUUUAAGUUACAGCUUUCAGAGGUUUAAGGCAUCCAUAGUUUCAGUACGGUUACCAUUUUUAUGUGUUCAAACGUAUACUGUCAGAUAUUACAGACAUCACGGAUACUGACUCCUAAUUCAGAUAGCUCAACUGUCCAGAAAAAUCAAAGGUGAAACAUACAGCGAGGAACAUUUAGAGGAACAAACCCUCAAAAGCAAACAGCUUCGGGAUGAUAUAUCAAAUCCCAGAGAACAAGAUCAGUGGGCUUAGUGUUGCCCAUCUGCCAAACUCUACAGCUGAUCUCUUUUCAUCAAGAAUUAAAGUUUCUCAAACUCAUUUAAAUUUUCAUCACAAAGUAAUAGCAAUUCUUUUAAUAACAUUAGUAAAAGGAACUGAAGAAAAAAUUUAUACAAAUACAUAUACAAGAAAACGAUGGGGCACUGAAACUUUGUCAGGGUGAGCAAGGAAAUGACAUCUAUUCCUAAAACAAACAUUUUACAGCAAAUAAAAUCCUUUUGAAAAAAUGACACGUUUACCUAAUCAAUCCAUUUUAUUUCAUGUCAAUUCUUUAGUUUCUAGAGAUGAUGUUAUGUGGAUGUUUCAUUUUGAAAGAGUUUAGGAAAAUGUAAAAAAUAAUGACUUAACUAUUCAGAAUUCUGAGAUAAGUGUUAUGAAUAUUCAGGACAGCGUAAUGCACAGCAGCUCAGACUCCACACUGUGAGGUUUAUCCACGCCUGCUCUAACAGUUUCCCCUGUCUCUCCCUUGCCUACCUUUGCCAUGUUCAUUAGCAUCUCCACCAUUUGGUAAGCAGGGAAACAGAGCAGAGCAAAUGCAAAUCAGUCCACUUUGCUAUUUGAUAACUAGCAUAAAAAAUUUCUAGAAAGGGGAAAUUACUGGUAAAAAUAGAACUUUAGGGUUAUCUGUGAGUAAAAACUAUUUCUGAAACAUUCAGUCUCCAGUUACCAUGUAUAACUGAGUAUUGCUUGUUAUAGAAGAAGUGUAUGCCAGGAACUCAAGAUUUUUCUUACAGGUAUCCCUGAGUGAUUAGUACUCAAGUUUUGUAUGCAUAAUGAUGACAAGUUCAUAUUAUUUCUCUCGUUUUAAUUUUCAGUAAAAUUGUUUUAGGCUUUAGACAUGAGAAAGAUCAAUGGGACUUGUUACAAAAGUUAAAAAAGCAAUGGAGUUUGAACAUGCCAACUUUUGUUAAGCUAGCUGGCAUCUAAAAGAAGUACGUGAAAGUGCUUAUGCAGUAUUAAGAAAAUAUUGGUUUUUAAAAAAGAUCUCCCAAGAUCAAGGCUCUGGUCACUCAAAGCAAACACACAGCUAAUCUCUCGGCUGUACCACUUGGUUUGCUUCUUGCUCAACUUCCAAACCAUGGUAAUAUCAGCAACAUGUAGCCCAUCCGUUAGUAAUUUGUUAUCAUCUUGACAUGUUCAGCAUUUCCAUCUCUAGUCAUUCUUUAAAACGCACUUGGCCCACCCAAGCCGUAGAGAUGCUUUCCUUCCCCACGAGUGCUUAUGCCUGCUCCCUGUUAUCCUGCUGGCAAAUGUAGCUGUAAACUCAAGACUUCAAACACACCUGCCGUUUAGGUUGAAAGCUAUCUGGUCAUAGAAAGGUUCCGAAUAGAGGACCCACGGUGUUACAAAUAGUAAAGACAUUUAUCAAGGGAACUUUUACCACUGCUAGGUAGGUUACCACGGAACGUCCACAAUGCCUACACACUACUUCUUGGGCCAAUGACACCAGAACCUCACUUCAUACCUCUGCCUGGCGGUAAUCUUGAAGUUUGGCAAACUCAUCGGCAAAGUCUUUCAGACCCUGCUUUAAAUUUGGGGUCUCGGUAGAGGCAUACAGGUUGAUUUCAUUCACCAGGAGGUCGGCUUUGUCUCGAAGCCUGGCAGUUUUCCGUACAUAAGCAGCAAAGAUUUGGCAAAGCUCUCCAAAAUGCUUCUCCACAUUUGUGACAGCAUCCUGCAGUUGUUUUGUUUGAGCGUCUCUAGAAAAAGGAGACACAGAACACUGUUCUUAAAACAGUAAGAUGGUGUCCCGGUUAAUUUUAUAUGCAAACAUUCCCGGGAUAUCCUGAAGCCCUGAAGGGCAACAUUCCCAACUCUCCCAAAGGUCCGCCCUUCUCUAGGACCUCAUGCAGGUCUAGCCUAGGACCUUGCAGGCCUGGGGAAGGGCCCGGGCCCGGUGGACCGUGAAGGAGCGGCCUCCUGGGCUCUGUACCGCGGCGGGGCCGGGUCCAGCUCCUGAGGACCGGUCGGCCCGCAGACUCUCUCGGCCGCGGAGCGCCACGGGGACCGUGCGGCCUCCUCCAGCCCCUGCCGGCUUCCAGGCCCUAGGCCCCGCUUCUCUCGCCCACCCGGCCCUCUCCCUCCGCCGGCCUGCACGACGAGGCCUCGGGUGGUUACCGGUCAUCCAGAUUACGCCUCAACAUCUUGCCUUUCGCGCCGCCGGGGACCCGGGAUGGGAGCCCAACGAGCGCGGCUCCGGGCCGCCAGGGCGCGCGGGAGCAGGAGACGCCGCCACUUCCACCGGGAGCCGAGAGCGCGCCUGGCGCGCCGCCGCUCCUGUCCGGCGUUUCCGUGGCGACGCGGCGCGCGCCCCGGCGGUCAAGAGAAGGGCAAGGGAGACCAGAGGGCAUUGGGCUGAUGGAACAUCAAGCAUCCUCCUUCAGUGCAGCUCUCUAGCCCUUCGGGGCCGCUGGAAGCAAAGGAGGAAAAACAACCCACCAGCAACCGGAAGGGGAAUGUGAAAAUAAAGCUUUUGAGGUCAUCAAGAACCGAGGAGAAUUGGAACGACUCUGUGGUCCAGGGGAUCUAAAUGAAACUUGAGAUAUGACAAGCAUGUGAAGUCCCGGAUAUACCCUUGAACAGAAAACACACAUUAAGUAAGGCAAUUCCCAAUGAGAGCCAGAACAGUGAUUGUGCUUCGAAGACAUCUGCUGAGCUCCUCAUUGCUGUUUCCUCCUGCCGUGUGUACAGUUGCAUCCAUUGUGCCAGACCACGGAUCCCUCUGACCUGGUGAUGGAUCUCCGGGGCUGUCAAUCCCAGAUUUAUUGCUUUGUUUGGACCGUUACGUAUCUUCCAUGCCCAGCAGAGGUUGUUUCUUGGAGGCAAAAUACAGGCCCACACUUCAAACACCUUUGACGUUUACAUUGAUGGAGCAUUGAGUGAAAGUGAAAGUGGUGAUUCUGAAAAUCAAAGACGGUGUUGGGAGAAGAGGGCACGUCCAUGCCUCUCCACCAAGUGGACUAGAGACUUUGUGGCACUGAAUGUGGAUCUAAGCUUCAGUGGGGAUGAUAAAGGACCAGCGAACAUUCCAGGACAUAUCACUGAAGAAAGCACCAGCCGUAGAUUUUCUCUCCUUGUUUAUCAGAAACAACCUGUGGCAGAAUUUGACAGAAAAGACAAAUUCACAUGCCCAUCAAAUGUGUGCAGAAAAGCCAAACUACUCUUAUUCCAAGAACAUCACGGAUGCUUCUGUUGAUGAAAUGAAAGCUUUUACUGGGCUAAGAUAUACAUGGAAUAUUCGUGUAUAAAACUAAGCUAUCUGGAUUACUGGUCAAGUGAGA